CCCCGAAAAAAGAAACGGCGCUUUGCCCACGAAUAAUGCCGCUAAGGUCCCUUGGCCUUCGGUAAUGAGAAAACCGAGAGUCUCCGACUCUCGAAAAGGAGAAACGAGGCAGGAUAAGAUUGCUCUCUUCGACCUCGUAGAUUUAGCACCGAUUAGCUCAUCCCUUGGUGAUCAAAAUACAGUGCGCUCGUGGGGCCAAGUCACACUGAGUCAGGUGUUAAAGCGUGGGCAUUUUUUUCACGUGUCUCAGCAGGUGGAAGCUGAAAGUACCUCUGACCAUCGAUUACUGAGGUCGAGUCCAAGUAUCCUACCGUGCAAGGGAUUUGGCACUGAUAAGCUCAUCCUGGCGCAGAAAAUACAGUUUGUCCAGAGAGUCGCGUUUAACUCGGAGGCGCUAGAGCGUGGACUUUUAUUUACAUGUCCCAGAAGAUCAGCAACUCGUAAACGAAGUACCGUACGCUUCCCGUGGGGCUAAUUUCAUCGGUAUGCUUUCGUUUAAUUGGAAUAAGUAGACCGGUUUUGUUUUCUCGGCAGACGAGUGCAUCGACCCGUGUGCU